AGUAGGUUGUUUCUUUGUUGAGUAAAUCUUAAGUCUUUUACCUUCGUAUUCCUAAUCCUACUCAUCGUGCUCAUUAUGCAACCCAGAGAGUCGAUAAUAUGAGACAAAGCUGCUCGAUUUCCAGUUUCUGGCAGUUAGUUUUUAGACGUCCUCUCAAUAAUCGGUAUACGAAACAUUUCUAUGGCUUAACCAACUAAGAUUUCAGUUAUUUACAAGCAUAAACGAAUUUAGACUUUAAUUUUCAACUAUAGUGCUUUGACUAGCAAUAAUUAAAUGCUUGGGCAAGUUCUUAUCGAUAAUCAUGUCCGAGAGCCGGAUACCUGUUUCAGAAACCUCCAAGCCUGCCUUAAAUGAAGGUUAUGAAAGAGGUUUAAACAACUUGCAAGAUGAUGCAUCCAUUUAUUCAAAUGGACGUUCCAGAAAAGCGUUUGUAGGGUCCCGCAAACAGAAAGGAAGAACAGCAAAGCGAAAAAAAAGCCAAAAAGAAGAUGAGUAUGCUAUUAACAAAAAUUUCCUUCGAAACGCCUUUUUUUAUUGCAUCUUCUAUGUUCGCUUUCUUGGAUGGACUUUAUGGAGAAGCUACUCAAUUUUAAAAUUCCUCGUCUACUAUCGUAAAAGAAUUAUUCUAAUUACUUUCCUUCUGUUAAUGUCUCCGAUUUUCUUGCUGACGCAAGAUUAUGAAACCGCUCGACUAAGGACUAUUAACUGGAUUGUUGAUUACAUUCGUCGGUUUACUGCUAUCUGGAAGCCCAACUUUGAGGCUACUAGCCCUCCUUCCUCGAACGAAAAUAUAAAUGUCUCUUAUGAACUCUUCACCGAUUAUCCAGAACAACGUUCCCUGGUAUGUACGGCUAUUUCGUUUCCCUUUCUUCAAUCAGUUGAUGCAUUAUUUACCAGUUUUGAUCGAGUGGACAGCGGCUCGUUUGGCCGGCCGUCUGAAGAAUUGUCCAAGCUUUACAAAUCUGCUAUUGAGAACACUAAAGACUUAGAAAAUAAUUGGAACCUUUUAUGCACGGAUGAUGCUCUCAAUCCGAAAAAUUCGAAAUGGAAUCUAUUAGAAAAGGACGCUCAAGAAUAUGACCAAGCGCUAGAUUCUUUACAAAAAUGCUUAAAAUUGCUCAAUCAUAUGGCACGUUCCGUAUAUGACUUUAAACGGUAUAAUGAUCCUUUUAAUGUGCUGAUAUUAAAAGAUAUAGAACAGGACUUUUUCGCUCUAAUAUUGAACUAUGCGCAUUCAUUACCAGAGAUAAUAAAGAAACAGAAUGUAUUAAUAAGCCUGGUAUACCCUAAUAGAACAGCAAUGACAACAGAGAUUGGACAUCUUUCGGCAAAGUCUGAGAAAUCAAAUAAUGUCCAUCAUUUAGAAAACUGUCCGUCCACGGUUACAAAGGUUGCUUCUCAUGAAACCUUAACAAACCUCACGAAGAGUUUGGAUGACGCUCGAAAAGAUGUUCUAAAAGCUUUUGAAUCACUUUCGGUCAACUCUUCUUUAAAUCGGCUGAAGGAUAUAUCGAGAAGCUAUGUAGAGCAAACAGUUAGCCGUUUAAAGAAUCCCAUAGUCAGUCAACCCAAUUUUGCCUUGAAAGCUAUUGGUGCAAGCAUAGAUUAUGCAUGGACUUUUCCAAAGCCAACUGUUUCUGAGAUUUUUAAAGAAUAUUGGAGCAAAAAAACGAAUAUACCAGCUGUAUUACUAAGCGACAAUAUCAACAGUUGUUGGUGUUCCACCCAAUCCCUUGCUCAAGUCGCUAUUGAAGUUCCAAAACCUAUAUACAUAAGUCAUAUCUCGCUACUACAGCCUGUUCAUGGAGACGAAUCGAGUUUUCCACAAAAAUUACGUGUAUUUGGACUAUUGGAUAAACACACCAAUGCCAAUGAAGCACUGAAAAAUCAAGAAUCUCUUCUACUACUUGGAGAAAUACCAGUUCCCCCAAUGCUAUCCACCGUUGCAACAGUCUUUCAUCUACCCAAAUACUCCGAGAAUCCAGAGCAAUUAAGCCAGUUUUUUUACAAACGCUUUGUCAUACAAGCUUCAUCAUCUAGAGAACAUUCUAAUUCACUUUGCUUAUACCAUAUUGGCAUUCAUGGAAAGGAAAUAAACCUUCAAUAAUUCAAGAUUUUGUCAUUCCCUUACCGUUCCUAUACUUUUAUGUCGUGCCCAGAUUUCGUGUUGAACAUGAAUGCAACUUGAUUUGCAUUUGUUUAGAUCUUUCAUUGCUAGUAUCUCUGUCAUAUAUCUAUAACUUCCUUGUUUUUUUGUUUACUUUCUUAUAGAAUACCUAGCUGC